AUGAAGUUGCAGCUCGCCAUCUCGCUGUUGGCUGCCCUCGGCAGUGUCACAGCGGCGCCUAUGGACAAGCGCCAGCUCUCUGUCUCUCUGGCGACGGCGUCACCGUCUCCGUUCCCUGCGGCUUCAGUCAACGCCACGCAGGUCAACGCCGCACCCUCUUCGUCACCGACGACCUCUGCAGCCGUGCAGCCCCUCAGAGAUGAGGGUGACGCUGCUGAGGCGGAGCCUUCUGGGGCUGCCACUGCAGAGGCGGCCGCCGACCCCGAGGCUGCCGCCUCGCUCGCCUCGUCGCUCGCUGUCGAGGCGGCUACCGCUACUACCAACGCGGCGGUUGCCGAGCCGUCCACCGACCUCACACCCGCUUGGGGUGCCCGGUCGCGCCAGUACAUGUAUAUCUGGGCGGGCGCAGUUGGCCGCCAGGUCCCCGACCGCAUCGUCACCUUCGACUUCGAUCCGUGGUCAUCCACCUACGGUCAGAUGGUCUCGCAGACUCUGACCGAUACGACCGGUAACGAGCCUCAUCACUGUGGCGUCUCGGCCGACAAAAGACGCCUGCUGUGUGGUGGUCUUCUCUCACUUCUGAAGGCGCAAAAUGAGAUUUUUGUAUUCGAUAUCGAGACCGACCCGGCACACCCAAAGCUCAUUCGCUCUACCAAGUCCAAGCUCAGCUCCGUGCCCGACGAGUUUGUCGCGAUGGCCGACAACACCUUCCUGCUCUCCAACAUGGGUUCUGCCGCGGGUGGCUCCCCUGGACGAGUUGCAAAGGUCGAUGCGGAGGGCAAUGUCCUUGGCGAGUACCCGGAGAACCCCCCUGCCGACUUCAACCCCCACGGUGUUCAGGUUCGUCCUGACCUCAACCUUAUGGCUACUUGCGACUAUCUCGAUCCAGCCUCGACUCUGAAUGCAGUACCAGGAGGCGUCGUGGUUCGCUCGUCCAUCCGCAUCUGGAACCUGAAGGAGAUGAAGAUUGUCAACACUAUCUACACCCCGGCUGGCUCUGGCACCAUGGACUGUAAGAUGUACAACAAGGACCCCCGUGCGCGUGGUUACAUGGGAGGUUCGGGGAACGGCGAGGUCUACCAGUGGGACUCGGCUGCCGGCACCACUAAGAAGGUCUUCAACAUGAACGACGACGUCAUCUCAUGGUUCUUCAUGAAGCCCUUUUACACAGUCACCGCCCAAUACAUGUCCAUGACGUCCGACGACCGUUUCCUCUUCAUUCCCUACGUCUCGGCCCCCGGUAGCUGGAAUGCGAAGCCAGGAUACUACUCCGGCAUCCUUUCGUACGACGUGUCGGACCCCAAUGCCGUCCGCAAGGUACACAACGAGCGCUUCCCGGCUUACGCCGGCCCCCACCUGUGCCACAUUAUGGGUAACCGCCUCAUUGCCACCGACUACUUCCUCGACCAGGAUGACUUUGGCAAAGUCCACAUGGAUGGCGACCAUGUCGUCCGUGUCUUCACCAUCUCGUCCACCGGCAUUCUCUACCCUGAGCCACGCUUCCAAGUCGACAUGGACGAAACGACGCCUGAGAACUCGCCUCCCACAUCGUCUCCAACUUCGCCCGAAACCUCCCCCCCACACCGUACCCCGUCCGCUAAAGAGCGUCCGCGCCUCCCCAUUUCAGCACCUCCAGACAACUUUGGUGGAUCGUCCAAGGCGGUCGACUACAUUUUUGACCUCGACGCUCCUCCCCGCACCCAUCCCCUCGAUGUCCAGGGCUACCUCUACCUGGUCGGUGCCAAGAAUCCGGCUUACGACGGGUCCAACUGGGACGCCGGCAUGGCUGCUGGACUCUCUCGCCUGCGCGAGGCGCGUGCCCGUGGACAAGGCCUUUUUGUGGAACCCCCCAGUGACGCUGCAUUGAUGGCCGCCCCUUGCUUCCCAUUCCUGCACGGUCUCUCCCACAACAAGCUUGAUUCGGCAGUGGAGACGUUGCACUGCGCCCACUUCCCCAAGGAUUAUGACGGCGAGCGCCCAGGUCUCGCCUGGUAUGCUGGUUGUCUGGUGCUCGGUAACGUCCGCGUCAUUUGGCCCAACUCCUUUGUCCGUGCAGAUCACCCUCUCUGGCUCGACGCCAUUGUCGACUUGUAUGGCUUUGACCACCCCGCUCUUGUUCGUGUCGAUCUUCACGACGAGGCCCGCGGUCUCUGGCCAACUGACGCUGCGCUGCUGCUGUGCCGCAACCACCGCGCUUACUAUGGUCGUCGUAAUCUGGUCAUCGGCCCUGUGCCUGAGGACUACGUUGACCUCGAGGACGAGCACUUGCAGGGCACGAACGGCCUCCUCGUCUACGCCAACGCCGCCGACCCGCAGGGCACGAACGACUUCCUUGUCUAAGCCGAGGCUGACGCACCCUCGCCCGAGGGCCAGUUCGUCUUCGCCACCAUGUGGGCGGCGCCCACUGCUACUGGCACUUCCAAACCCACUACAAACCUGCUCUCCUGG